AUGACGACGUACUGGGCCGACGUGGCCGACCUCCACGCACUGAUCUUUGCGUACGCUGGCCCGCUCACGCAGUGGAUCAACGGACGCCUCAACGAGGGCUACCCAAGGUCCGAGUGGUCCGACAUCGAGAGAAGCAUUUGGGCUGACGCCUUUCGGUGCGACUGGCUCGGCGACCUCAGAUCGCUUCCACACCAGCGCAUGACGCUCGGACGCUCCGAGACCCGCCUCAUUCGGUCGCGUCGCAUGUACGCACAGGUCAAGGAGUUGCUCUACGACCGAAACCCGUCGUUAGGUGUCUUGCUGUGGUACGAACGGGCGAUGUAUCCGAAGCAAGACGAUGCGGCCGAGGCGUUCUACACCACCGCGCUCCUCGCCGCGCCGAUGGAGAACGUGUGGCUCGACGUGCUCGCACCGUUUCUCCAGGCCAAAGAGACGCUGGCGACGGCCGCUGCGCUCGGCGGUCAUCUCCGCUUCCUCCAGUACCUCGUGUACGAGAAAGGCGUGGAUGUGUCGCGCAUGGCCAACUUUACGUCUGGAAGUCGGCACUUGAUCAUGGACCGCGUGGCGUCCAACGGCCAUGUCGGCGUGCUUGCCUUCCUCCACGAGAUGGAGUGCAGCGGGAUCUCGUCGGCGGCGCUGGAAGGCGCGAUGAAGCACCACCAUCUCGACACGAUCGCGUUCCUCUUUAAGCACUUUCCGCACUUGGCGAUCCCGGAGAAAGCCACGUUGUAUGCAGCGCGCUAUGGCCACCUCGGGCUUCUCCGGUAUCUCGUCACGCAACGCCAAGCGCCAUGCCCACCGCGCGUGAUGGACGUCGCCGCGUACAAGGGCCACCGCCACAUUGUCAAGUUCUUGCACAAGCAACAGACAGGCUGCACCACGAUGGCGAUGGACGCCGCCGCCUGCGCAGGCCACCUCGACAUUGUCAAGUUUCUCCAUUUCAACCGGACCGAAGGCUGCACGACCUUGGCAUUUGACGCGGCCGCGGUCCGCGGCAACCGACCGCUCCUCGACUUUCUCAUCGAGCACCGCCGCGAGGGCGGGUCGACGAUGGCCAUGGACGGUGCGGCGUACGAGGGCAACGAAGCCAUGGUGCGCUUCUUGCAUAAGCAUCGACACGAAGGCUGCACGACGCGCGCCGUCGACUUUGCCGCAGAUCGAGGCCACUUGGGCAUCGUCCAAUUUCUUCUCGCGGAACGCUCCGAGGGCGAGGUCCUCGCGUGCCUCUUGGAGCACGACGUCACCAAGGCAAAGGCCGUCCAAGCGCUGAAAAAGUCAUCCCCCACGAGU